UUAUCUGUGCAAGACAAUUCCCUAUGGUUUGUCACUGAUACAGCAAAGAGAACAGUUCUUCACUUGGCAGGUAGCCUGCAUGCAUGUGCAGCAAGGUAUGUUGGGGCAUUCAUUUAUUUUUAUCUGCAGUGUCUGCCACCACUGCUGUGAAAACUUUUCAUGUGGAAAAAUUUGUUAUUUUAGAUGGUCUGAAAUUAUUUGUGUAAGAAAAAAAAUCAGGUUUCAUUGUCCUUUGGCAAUGAUAAGCUGUUCCAAGAUGUUUUGUAUUGAUAUAAUUUUACCUCCAACUUUCAUCUGAUACUCAAUGUGGAUCACGAUUACUUUGUACUGUUGUUGGAAGCCUAAAUUCUUGUAUGUAUUCAAAUCAGAUUUGCAAAACAUUCUAGAACCCGUAAAAAUAUUAAAUGCUGCCUGCUUGUUUCAAAUAGUGAGCUGAUACCUCAAUACUAUAUUCAUUGUUUCAAACAUCACAAUUUUUGCAUGCCCAUGCAACGACUUCUUUCUUACAAUUUAAGUGAAGAAGGUGGGUCAGUGGAUUUGGCCUGUCAACACUGUUUCUCCACCUUGCUAACAAAUAGUUAACUGCCAUCAACACAACAGAUAGUGGAACUUUUAGUGGAACUUUCAUGAGCUUUUAACACACUAAAUUCUGCAUGUUCUAUAUAUUCUGCAACCUCAGGACUUUUUUAUCUGUAUUAUCAGCAUAAAUUCGAAAACAAACAUGUGAAAAGUGGCCAGCAUGCUUUGUCGCAUGUCACUAUUCGCCUGCAUUUGUAACAGCCACUUAAUUCAGGCUCCUAGGCACAUAUUUCAAACUACAAAAUUCUCAUACACUGGCUAUAGAGCGAAUGCCAUUGCAAUCCCAUGUAAUUGCAUGUAACAGGUGUAUUUCUCUCCUGCUCACAUUUAAGUUUAUGCAUUCCUCUGGACCAUUAAAAAAGCAAUAACUUCAUAAGAAUCGGCAGAUUCUUUAGAAGCACAGCUCUCUUGUAACUCUUCCCACAUACAGAUCAUAUUUAUGCUCCUUUUAACCCUCUACUGCACAGCGUGCCAAAUUUGGCACAUAGUGGUUAUUAUUUUUUUAGGCUAUUCCAAGAAAGCCGGCGAAGAAAAUUAUGCACCCAGAACAAGGCUCAUAGCCUUCCUGAUCUUGAAUUAAACUUGUACUGCCAUCUAUUGAAAGCUUUCCAAAGCAGAAAUAUUUGUUGUCUUGAAAAAACGCUUAAAAUUAUUUUGGGUUUUGGGCUAGGCUUGAACAUUUGUUUCUUGUAUUUUAAAUGGUGCAACAACAAUUAAAAAUUAUAUUUUUCUAGUUUUAGGGAUACACAGCAAACAGGAAUAAAAUGAUGUUUUUUUCAUGUACGAAACUGUGGGCUUGUACCGCAAGACGGUAUGUGCCAUAUUUGGCACACUGUGCAAAUCUCUGGAUGGAUGCAGCUGCAGUGAUAGCAUGGACUCGCGCACAUUUUACGGGUUGAGAAAGCCUUGACAGAGGACGACUGGCGCUGAUAUUCCCUCUGAAAGAUUACCUUUCGGACUCAGACGAUGAUUAUCAAAUGGGUGUCAAUGUCGCGGGCGGUGACUCUGCCCAAGAAAACUCUGCGAGUGAGAAAGAAGAGUCGGAUUCAGACUCUGAUGAAGCUACGCCUACACGUGCGAAGGGAAGGAGAGCCAAGUCGAACCGGUUUUUGUGGAAGCAUACCGAUAUAUCACUUCCCGAGUCUGAUCUGGAAUACACCGGCGGCACUUACCUUCCAACAUCAGUGCUUGAACUCGGAACGCCGUACAGUUUCUUCCACUACAUCUUUACUCCCGAGCUACUUCAUACAAUAACUGAACAGUCCUGCCUUUAUUCCACGCAAACACGGACUGAGAAACCUAUCUCAAUUACUGAAUCUGAUAUGGAGACAUUCGUAGGCUCCCUGCUAUGGACAACUCUCAUUCACCUUCCAAGUACAAGAAUGUACUGGAAUUCCAAGUUCUACAUCUCUCAAGUCGCAAUACUUAUGCCUGUGAAUCGCUGGCAAGAAAUCAAGUCAUCGAUUCAUUUUGCUAACAACACCGCUGCCACACCAAAGGACAGUAUAAAAUCAGACAGGCAGUAUAAAAUCAGACCAUUGCUUGAAAGCAUCAAAGAACGCUGCUUGUCCGUGCCUUUUCAGGAAAAUCUUUCUGUUGAUGAGCAAGUCUGCGCCUUCAAAGGAAGAAGUGUCCUGAAACAGUACAACCCCAAAAAGCCGCAUAGAUGGGGGUAUAAGAUUUUUGUUCUCUCAGGAAUUAGCGGCUUUCCUUACAACUUUGAACCUUACAGUGGCCGGGAGAAUGUCAUCACAGACGGCAUGGUUGACUGUGGCGCAAUUGGGAACGAUGUGCUCCGGCUUACCAGCCCUGUUCCGUGUGAUGUACGCCACAAAGUUUAUUUUGAUAACUAUUUCAAUAGUCCUAAGCUGCAAAUAACCCUAGCAAAGACUGGAAUUCUCUCGCUAGGAACUAUCAGGGCAAAUAGGCUACCUGGUUGCCCAAUAAAAAGCGAAAAGGAACUGAAGAUGCUAGGAAGAGGAGCUUCCGAUGAAGUUUGCUGCACAGCUGAGGGUGUAGAAUUAUCAUGUGUACGAUGGCAUGCCAACCGGGCGGUGACAUUCUUGUCCAGCUUUGCUGGCAGAUCGCCCAUGCAAAAAGCAAGGCAUUGGUUUUCAACUUCAAAAACAUUCCGCGAAGUUGACUGCCCAAGGAUCGUGCAGAUCUACAACAAGCAUAUGGGAGGUGUCGACCGUCUCGACUCUCUUCUUGGUCUUUAUCGCAUCCGCGUCCGGUUGAAGAAGUGGUAUUUCCGUGUUUUUACACGCAUGCUGGACUUGUCAGUCGUGGCUGCGUGGCUUUUGAACAGGAGGGUGCAGGCACAGCUUGGCGAGAGUGACAGUCCUCCUCUUGCUCAAUUCAAGGCAGAGAUCGCCGACUGUCUGACUUCCUAUAACAAGUGUGUAGCAGCGAAGAGACCAGGAAGGCCACCUUCACAAUCCAUUGACCUGCAGCUACAGGCAGAGAAAUCUCGUGGACCAAUGGCAGCAGUGCCACCAAAGGAUGUUCGAGCCGACCAAAUGGGGCACUGCCCGAAUUUGACGACAAUAGAAAGCGCUGCAAGCGUCCACUUUGCGAAAAAAAAAUCUUCUGUGCGCUGCAGUAAAUGCAAAGUCAACCUGUGCUUGAAUUCAGGAAGCAAUUGUUAUGUCCUGUUUCAUGAGGCAAGAUAGUGCCUCCUUCAGUUGCCAGUUUUACUUCACCUAAUACGGAAAAUGUUUCCGUAGAUUUGCACAAUGUGCCAUAUUUGGCACAUACCGAUAUCUUUAUUACCAUGAGUCCAAUAAACAUAAUUUUUUUCAGAAUGCUUUCUUUUGAUGAAAAAUACAAUUACACAGCAAAAGAAAAAUUUUUCCCACACGGUAUAAUAAUUCAUGCAAUAGAGGGU